UUCAUGUCAGUGUCAUUGCUCGUGCCCGUGAGCCUAAGAGGCGUGUGCGCGCUCCCGACACACCAGGAAAUAUGGCGGCGCUCAUGACACUCAACCAGCUUUCAAGUGGGAAUCCAGCUUAUGAAAACUAUUACAGACAGCUGGACCCAGGAAACACAGGCAAAAUCUCAGCUGGCGAUGCUGCUCAGUUUUUAAAGAAGUCAGGGCUGUCGGACAGUACACUGGGAAAGAUUUGGGAUCUAGCAGACUCAGAACGAAAGGGCUAUUUGGAUAAGAGGGGUUUUUUCAUAGCUGUAAGACUUGUGGCCUCAGCACAAGGUGGAAAUGACAUCAGCCUCAACAACCUCAACCAAACACUGGCAGCACCUAAAUUUAAAGACACAAGUAGCCCUUUACUAACAGUGUCAUCAUCUGCACCAGAUUCUCAGUGGUCUAUAAGGCCUGAUGAAAAGGGAAAGUUUGAAGGCAUCUUUGAGAGCCUCUCCCCUGUAAACGGCUUGCUCUCUGGAGACAAAGUGAAGCCUGUUUUAAUCAACUCUAAACUACCUCUUGACAUAUUGGGAAAGAUUUGGGAUCUAAGUGAUGUUGACAAAGAUGGGAGCUUGGACAAGGAUGAGUUUAUUGUGGCUAUGCAUCUUGUAUAUCGGGCAAUGGAGAAGGAGCCUGUCCCAACAACAUUACCACAGUCUCUCAUCCCACCCUCGAAAAGGAAGAAGACUGCGGGGGCGUUACCUGGGGCAGUGGCUGUAUUACCCGGUUUCGCAGGGUUUUCGCCCGGAUCAGCUCUUCUUAAAGACACCUUGCGUUCCACUCCUCCUCUGGCCAACACUCCACCCCCCACCACUGUCAACAUCUCACCAAAGCACUCCUUCAGAUCCUCUCCACAGCCGACUGUAAACUGGAUUGUCCCAUUGGCGGACAGGGAGAAAUAUGAUGAUCUGUUCAGAAAAACAGAUGCAGAUGGAGACGGACUGGUCAAUGGGGCUGAGGUCAUUGAGAUCUUCAUGCAAUCCACUCUGUCACAAACCAUGCUAGCUCAGAUUUGGGGUCUUGCUGACACAAAACAGACUGGAAAGCUGAACCGUGAGCAGUUCUCUCUGGCCAUGCACCUGAUCCAACAAAAAAUCACUAAAGAUGUGGACCCUCCUACAGCCCUGACCCCUGAUAUGAUCCCUCCGUCUGAAAGGACCGGUGCAGCCAUCGACAGCAGCAGCGCCGUGGGGCCGGUGGAGCUCACAGGGAACAAAGAGCUAGAUGACCUCAGCCAGGAAAUCGCUCGACUGCAGAGAGAGAAGUUCAUUUUGGAGCAGGAGAUUAGGGAAAAGGAGGACAGCAUACGAAGACAGAAUAGUGAAGUUCAGGACAUGCAGGGUGACUAUGACCGGGAGAGUGUUGGACUACAGGACCUGGAGUCUCAGAAGCAGAACGCCCACAGCCGACUAGAGGAGAUGGAGCAACAACGCGCGAAGCUGGAGGGAAUGCUCAAUGACGUCAAACAGAAGUGCCAAGAAGAGAGCCAGAUGAUCUCAUCCCUUCAGACCCAGAUCCGUUCUCAGGAGAGCGACCUGCGGAACCAGGAGGACGAUGUGUCCCGGACUAGAGCAGAGCUGAGCCGACUGCAGGAUGAGGAAGUGCGGCUGGAGCAGAGUCUUCUGUCAGGACGGGUGCAACUGGACAGUAUCGUCAAGUCCAUGAAAACUACACAGGAUGAACUCAAUCAGGCUCGCAGCAAACUGUCAAUGAUCCAGGAAAACCAAAAGGAGGUGUCUAAGACCAUAGAGCAAUACAACAGUGCGUUGAAGGAGAUCAACGGAGGUCACUACAAAGACUUUGAGGACGUUUCAGAUGGAUUUGCUGAAAAGGAAAACAGAGGAUUUGGGACUGUGAAUAGUUCUCUGAAGUCCAGAAUAGCCAUGUUCAACAGCACCAGCAGCAGCAGCAGCAGCAGUCCCAUCGUCAAGGACCCUCCACCUGACCCUUUCCAGACAGAAGACCCCUUUAAGUCCAACCUCUUAGACGACCCAUUUGGCGGAGAUCCCUUUAAAGAAAGUUCUCCCUUCAAAAGCUCCGCUGCUGAGAACUUCUUUCAGAGGGCGAAUAAGUCUGACCCCUUUGCAUCUGCAGACCCCUUCGGUCGAAAGCCCACGCCGCCAGCCAAGCCGGGUGCCUUCAGCAGCAGUGAUCCAUUCAGAUCAAACAGCCCCAGAGCAAAGGACUCAGAUGUAUUUGGGACAAUGGACCCCUUUGCAGGCAGCGCUUUUGGAAGUAAAGGAGGAUUUGCAGAUUUUAGUCAGAUGGCAAAGAAAUCAGACAACCCAGCAGUUCCAAAGAAGACUGUUCCUACUCGCCCUGCACCCCCUUAUGGUUUGUUCAAUGCACAGCAGAGCGCCCCACAUUCAAGUCACUUGCCCAAAGAUUUCCCUGUGGCGGGGUCAGAUUUUUUCGGAAGUGAGAGCGCCCAGCUGGAGUGGGCCAAGCGCGAGAGUGAACGCGAGGAGCAGGAGAGAUUGAGGAGACUUCGACUUCAAGAACAGCAAGACUUGGAACUGGCCCUGGCUUUGAGCAGAGCCGAUAUUCCCAUGCACAAAUCCUGAAAAACUUCUCCUUCCUGGCCCCCCGGAAAACCACCUCCACCAUGUCCUGCGCCCUGCUCCUCAUGACAGACGCGACUCCGCAUAACCAUCAUCUUUGUUACCAAUUUGUGCAAAAGACCAGUGUUUUCUCCAGCCGUGCCACCAGUCUGAUGUCAGAGCUCUCUCCUUUAGCUACUCGUUAGGCUUCAGUUCGGCCCAAAGUACAUGGUAACAGUAAUCAAAGACAAUACGGAGCCGCCUGAUUGAAAAGCUGCCUUCAAAAACACUGGGAUUUAAACUCAACCCCACCUACAGCAAACUCCAUCUAACACUACACUGUAUCUCCAUAAUGGUUAAUCAAGUCUCAAGCCACUAUAGCACUGUGCAAAGGUUUCUGGAAGGAAUGACAGACUUGGAGAUGAGUAAAUGUAUGGACAGAAUGCACAAAAUUAAAAAGAAAAACAAAUUCAAAUCUAGAAGUUCCCAGAAAGCAUAAAUCAACUGGAGAAUAUCCUUUUUAUUUUAAUUAGAAUUUAUAAUUUGAAAAUGAAAUAAGGCUUUACUUGAAAUCAAUGCAAAGAACAAACAAAUAUAACAGAUCUUCACAGAAAAAAAUUAAAAUCUAUACGUUAUUUUGGCGGUUCAACCCUUAAAACACUCCCGUACAUUAGUAUUUUUGUUUCAUUUUUUAUUUAAACUGAAAAUUAAGUUUGCAAAUUUUAUUAUAACCAUCUUUGUUUAUCAUAUUUUUAAAACACUUUCCAAAACUUUUGCACAGUACUGUAUGUUUCUGAAAUAACUUUUUAACUAUUUAACUUUUUUUUGUAUUUAAACAGAAGUAUGGAUCCUUUAGUCUAUGAAGGACUUGUAAAAUGCACUAUGUUUUAUAACAGUUGUGAUAUUUUUAAUCAUUUAUGUAGAAAGUCGAAUGGUUAACAUUAGUAAGGAUGAGUUAGGAAUAUAUUUUUUAAAACUUAAUUAUUAUAUUUUACCACGCAUGCCUUCAGGGUUGGAAAUUUGAAGCUUUUAUUUUCCUUUUAUGUAGUGUACAUAUCAGGCAUAACAUUAUAAGAAUGCAGUGACGAACAGAUCUUCAUCCAUCAUGACAUGCCCAAAUAGUCAUAACUUGUGAUUAAUUACGUUGUAUUUUCAUGCAAAACAGCCAAAAGUGAAACCCCAAACGUUGAAUCAGACCUUGUUUUCUGUGUGACGCAAAAAACAUGACAAUAUUCAUUUUACCUUUCCACUUCUCUUUUAAUAAACAAAACAUUUAUAAUUAUCAUGCAACAACCUAGCAAUUAGACUGGUGCUUAUAACAUUGUUCCUGAUUGGUGUCUGCAUAUUUUUUGUGAGCUUAAAUCGUCGUGAACAAAAGGGCUUUGGGGAUCCCUUUGAAAUUAUACUUUGCUGUUUGUAGGUAGGAUUAAUAGCAUUUAUGAUCAUUCCUUUUAGUUGAGUCCUCAUGAAUAGUUUGUAUUGUAACACCCAUUGCGUUUAUACUCCGAGAAUAGAUUUCUGUGAACCAAAGUUGUUUAUUUUGGUGCUAUACAUAGAUAUUAAGACUUCUUGGCAUUUUAAUUCUUGCAACUGUCACCUAAACUAUCAAUCUUUUUGCUUUCGUUCCGUUUCUUUUUUUUUUUUUUUUUUUUUUUAAAUAUUGAGUUAAGACCAACUUGGGGGUAGUUUGAAGGGCUUGCAUCAUUCAGGUUUAAUUUUCUCAGACUAUUUGCACAGUUUUUAGGGCAAUAUUCGUUUUAUUUAUCUAUGUUUGUUACAUAACAGUGCACAGUAUGUUUGUAAUUAUAACAAUUAAUGAAUAAAAAAUAAUUAACAAAUUA